AUAGACGAAAGCAUGAUAUCGUUUCUAAUAAAUCGUGGAGCUCGUGGUGCUUACAAGAUUUCAUUGGGACUAACUCGAGGUUAUAGAGGUCUAACAGAAGUAAAAAACCUUCAAAAUGUCUCACGAGCUGCUGAUAAAACUGGAAAUAAGAAUUUGGUGAACGUAUUACGAACUUCUAGCGUAAAAAAUGUGAAGAACCAACUAAUUGAAGCUGAAUGCUGCAUUCCAAUCUUAAUAUGGCCAGCCAAACCGUUGGUGAUCAUGAGAGAAGAAGGUCAUAUCGAUGAUAACGACGAUUUGCUGUCGUCUGAGCAAAGGGCCGCAAAAAGGGAAACCUUCAAAAAACUUGAGGUAGAUAGUCCCAAAUUUCCAAUCGAGAAACUUCCAACCACGUCGAAAUUUCCUAUUAAUGAAAAGUCCGAGAAGGGUUUAGAUCCAGCCGAAGAAAAAGAACUCGAGGCCAAUUUGCUAGAGAAGCUAAAAAAUAUGGUUAAAAGAAAAAAAUCUCGACUAGAUCAGAAAAUUGACGAGAUGAGGAAUAAUGUGAUAGGCUGGAAUAAUGAACAACCUGAGUUUCUAUCGGAUGCUACAAAAAUGCAACCUUUUGUUAUUCUGCAAGGAGGAACUAAUAUGGCCUUGAAAGCCAAGGAAUCAACCCCACCCAAAGGAUCUGGACCUUCCACCCCGGGAGGCUCUCCUCCACCAAAAAGUGGUUCUACUCCGCCGACGGGUGGUUCUCCGCCUGCUAAAACCGGCGCUCCACCGCCCCCAAAGGGGCCACCGCCCGGAACUCCACCACCGCAGACGAAAACUACUUUCGGACCGCUUGCUGAUGCUGAUCGAAUCUUUACCAAUUUAUACGGACGGCACGAUUGGCGAUUAAAGGCAGCAAUGAAGCGCGGUGACUGGUACAAGACGAAGGAGAUCCUAGCCAAGGGCGACAAGUGGAUAGUAAACGAGAUUAAGACAUCUGGACUGCGAGGACGCGGUGGCGCCGGAUUCCCCAGUGGACUUAAGUGGUCAUUUAUGCACAAACCGCCUGAUGGGAGGCCCAAGUUUCUAGUGGUCAAUGCGGAUGAAGGCGAGCCCGGUACUUGCAAGGAUCGUGAGAUAAUACGCCAUGAUCCACACAAGCUGAUAGAGGGAUGCCUCAUUGCUGGACGGGCAAUGGGUGCCAAUACUGGUUUUAUUUACCUUCGCGGGGAGUUUUACAACGAGGCUUGCAAUCUUCAGUAUGCAAUUAUUGAGGCCUAUAAGGCUGGUUAUCUGGGAAAGAAUGCCUGUGGUUCCGGGUACGAUUUCGAUCUUUAUGUGCAACGUGGAGCAGGAGCCUAUAUAUGCGGAGAGGAAACCUCUCUAAUCGAAUCCUUAGAGGGCAAGGCGGGUAAGCCAAGGAACAAGCCACCCUUUCCGGCCGAUAUCGGCGUCUUUGGCUGUCCGUCUACGGUGACCAAUGUGGAAACGGUGGCCGUGUCUCCAACUAUAUGCCGGCGUGGUGGCAAUUGGUUUGCCAGCUUUGGGCGUACCCGAAAUUCUGGCACCAAGCUGUUCAAUAUCUCUGGUCACGUUUGCAACCCUUGUACCGUCGAGGAAGAGAUGUCUAUGCCUACCAGAGAGCUCAUUGAACGCCAUGCUGGUGGAGUGAUCGGGGGCUGGGACAAUUUACUGGCCAUCAUUCCGGGUGGCUCCUCCACUCCGUGCAUUACCAAGGAGCAUGCCUCGAGUGCGAUUCACGACUACGAUGGGCUGAUGGCAGUGCGUUCGUCCAUGGGAACAGGUGCCUUGAUUGUAAUGAAUAAGGAUACGGAUAUUAUCAAGGCCAUUGCCCGCUUAUCGGCUUUCUAUAAGCACGAGAGCUGCGGCCAGUGCACUCCUUGUCGCGAGGGUCUCCACUGGGUGCACAUGAUCAUGCAGAGGUUUGUGACAGGACAGGCGCAAAUCGAAGAGAUCGAUAUGCUGUUCGAACUGACGAAGCAGAUCGAGGGCCAUACCAUUUGUGCGCUGGCCGAUGGUGCUGCCUGGCCCCCGCAAGGACUCAUACGGAACUUCCGUCCGGUCAUCGAGGAGAGGAUCAGGAAGCGGGCGGCCGAGGACCAAGCUAAAGCUGAAGCACUUCAGGCUGAACGCUUCCCUUGUCAAACGGUGACUCCUUGCCCAGAAUAAAGCGUGCCAA